GAUUUCAAUGCUUGUCUACAAUAUGAGUAAUAUGUAAAUACAAAUCAGUAUUGGACGUUAAAUUUCUAUUUCCUGGAGAUUCUGACAGUGACAAAGUAACAUUGUCUCUUUUAUUGAAGAAUUUACUUGAAUAUAAUUAUGUAUUUAUAAUUAUUUAUAAAAUGGAAACUAUCUUAAAACAUAAACUUAGUGUAUUUACAUUAGUAGUGACAAUAAUAUCUGCGGCUGUUGUAUUUAUUAUUUUAAAGUUUAAACGGAGGAUAAGAAAGGCUUCUGAGGCUUUUCAAUACAUGAAUAUUUCAAUAGUUACUGAUGAAGAGGCAUGCAAUAACGCAGUAUUAAUUUUACGAAGGAAGUGUGCACAUCAGAAUGCUAUAGGAUUUGACUGUGAGUGGGUGACUGUGGGUGGCAAGAAGCAGCCUGUGGCAUUGUUGCAGCUCUCUACCCUUGAUGGCUUUUGUGGUCUGUUCCGGUUAAAUCAAAUGAAAACUGUCCCUAGCUCAUUAAAAGCAUUACUUGAAGAUAACAACAUUUACAAAGUAGGGGUAGCUCCUACUGAUGAUGCAAAAUAUCUGUUCCUUGACUGGGGGGUUAAGCUAAAGAGCUCUCUGGAUGUGCGCCACUUGGCGCGCGAAUGCGGCUACAGCGCCGGCGGCCUGGCGACCCUCUCUGAGGCGCUGUUGCAGGUGACUCUGGAUAAACAUUGGAAGGUGCGUUGUAGUGACUGGGAGGCCGAGAAGUUGACGGAGAGACAAGUAGUGUAUGCAGCGGCGGACGCGCAUGUUGCCAUCAAAAUAUUCGCUAAGCUAAUCCGCGAAUACACGGGCAGAGCGCGCGGCUCUCUCUGGCUUGCUGGAAACCCAGACACGGAUUCACAAGCUGCUAAUGAUUUGUGUAGGGACAUUGCAGACAUUGCUUUUAAAUUGAAGCAUAAUCAUAAUCAGAAAUCUAACGGGAGGAAGGAUAAGACGAUGAAGAAAGAGGACGUAGUAAUAAGCAAGAGGUACCCGCACGCGACGCGCACCAAGCCGCUGUACAACAACUGCUACCUGCAGGCGCCCGACGGCGAGCUGCUCUGCACUUGCGACAAAAAGAAAGCCCUCUGGUACGUGGACAAAGGGUUGGCCACAGUGGAGAGCGAGGCGCCGCUGACGGUGCGGCUGCGGUUCGAGCCGGCCGGCCGCUCCGUGGGCCAGGUGGGCCGCUACUACCAGCUCGCCAAGGAGAACAAGUGCGUCGUGUGCGGCAGCACCCACUCUUACAUCAGGAAGAAUGUCGUGCCCAGAGAGUACAGGAAGUUCUUUCCCGAGGUGAUGAAGGACCACUCGUCGCACGACGUGGUGCUGCUGUGCGCGCGCUGCCACCAGCUCUCCAACACGCUAGACCUGCGCAUGCGCGAGACGCUGGCGCGCAAGUGUCACGCGCCGCUCAGCUCCGGCAAGAACUACUCCGCGGAGGACUUCAACACCAAGAAAAUGCGUGCGGUGGCGCGGGCCCUUCUGUACCAGUCGCGCUCGCUGCCCGAGGCGCGGCGGCGCGCGCUCGAGGCGCAGCUGCUGCAGCACUACCCGCAGUGCGAGCAGAUCACGCAGCAGUUGCUGGAGGAGGCGGCUGCCACAGCCCCGGAAGUCGUCAUGAAAACGGAAGAAGAGUGUCACGGUUUGAAAGUGGUGGAGUAUCACCUGAAGCACGAGGGUCUACUGCGCCUGGAGGAGAGCUGGCGAGAACACUUCCUCACCACUAUGGAACCAAAAUACAUGCCCGAGUUGUGGUCUAUCAAACACAAUGAAGAAAGGCUCCGGAUAAAAUUGGACGAAGGACGUCUAUCUCAAAAGGAUUUGCAGUCCAUUGGAGUCACGUCGUUGACGUAGUAAGAUUAAAAUCAUCAAAUAAAAGAAGACUUCACACUAAAGUUUUAAGCAUAUUUUAUGCGCAUGCAUGUUUGUAUAUACAAAAUGAAAAUAAAAUUUCGGAACUUA